GGGCCGUGCCGGGGGAUGCCGAGUGAUGUCGGGAGGAUGCCAGGGACGCUGCAGAGCGCUGGGGCCGUGUCACGGGGCCCAGGGGAUGCCAGGGCCGAGAAGACCGAGGUGUUGAGCGAGGAUCUGCUGCAGGUGGAGAAGCGUCUGGAGCUGGUGAAGCAGGUGUCCCACAGCACCCACAAGAAGCUGACAGCCUGUCUGCAGGGCCAGCAGGGCCUGGACGCCGACAAGCGCUCGAAGAAGCUGCCGCUGACGACGCUGGCGCAGUGUCUGAUGGAGGGCUCGGCCGUGCUGGGGGACGACUCCCUGCUGGGGAAGAUGCUGCGGCUGUGCGGGGAGGCCGAGGACAAGCUGGCGCAGGAGCUCAUCCACUUCGAGCUGCAGCUGGAGCGGGACGUCAUCGAGCCGCUCUUCGUGCUGGCUGAGGUGGAAAUCCCAAAUAUCCAAAAGCAGAGGAAGCACUUGGCGAAGCUCGUGCUGGACAUGGACUCCUCCAGGACGAGGUGGCAGCAGUCGGUGAAGUCCUCGGGCCUGGCCAGCAACCUGCAGCCCUCGGGGGCCAAAGCCGACGCUCUCAGGGAGGAGAUGGAGGAGGCGGCCAACAGGGUGGAGAUCUGCAGGGACCAGCUCUCGGCUGACAUGUACAAUUUUGUGGCCAAAGAAGUCGACUAUGCAAACUAUUUUCAAACGCUGAUCGAGGUGCAGGCCGAGUACCACCGCAAGUCCCUGGCGCUGCUGCAGAACUUCCUGCCACAGAUCAAAGCCCAGCAGGAGGCGUGGAUGGAGAAGCCCUCCUUUGGGAAGCCCCUGGAGGAGCACCUGGCUGUCAGCGGGCGGGAGAUCGCCUUCCCCGUGGAGGCCUGCGUGACCAUGCUGCUGGAGUGUGGCAUGCAGGAGGAGGGAUGGGGGAUGCAGGAGGAGGGUCUGUUCCGAGUGGCUCCCUCGGCCUCCAAGCUGAAGAAGCUCAAGGCUGCCCUGGACUGCUGUGUGGUGGACGUGCAGGAGUACUCAGCUGACCCCCACGCCAUCGCAGGAGCCCUCAAGUCCUACCUGCGGGAGCUGCCCGAGCCCCUGAUGACGUUUGAGCUGUACGAGGAGUGGAUCCAGGCCUCCAACAUCCCGGAGCAGGAGAAACGGCUGCAGGCUCUCUGGAACGCCUGCGAGAAGCUGCCCAAAGCCAACUACAACAACAUCAGGUACGUGAUCAAAUUCCUGGCCAAGCUGACCGAGUACCAGGAUAUGAACAAAAUGACCCCGAGCAACGUGGCCAUCGUGCUGGGACCCAACCUGCUGUGGCCACAGGCCGAGGGGAACAUGACGGAGAUGAUGACGACGCUGUCGCUGCAGAUCGUGGGCAUCAUUGAGCCGCUCAUCCAGCACGCAGACUGGUUCUUCCCGGGAGACAUCGAGUUCAACGUGACGGGGAACUACGGCAGCCCCCUGCACGUGAACCACAACGCCAACUACAGCUCCAUGCCGUCCCCGGACAUGGAGCACGGCGAGCGCCGGCAGCACGAGCAGGCGCGGCGGCCCCUCAGCGUGGCCACCGACAACAUGAUGCUGGAGUUCUGCAAGAAGGACGGGUAGGGACCCUGCCGGGCUUUG